AUGCAUUUAGGAGCCUACAGGACAAGGCAUGGAAAGGUCUCCCCCACCACAGAAACGAAACUGUUUCUUCGCUUUAUUGUACUAUGUGUGGUGUGGAUUACUGUUCAUGCACAGGGACAAGGCAUAGAUAUUCUUCAGCAACUAGGCCUUGGAGGCAGAGAUGUAAGAUACACGUCAUCGGUGACAGCCGUGCCGUCAUCAUCAUCCACACCAUUACCUCAGGGGGUCCAUUUAACAGACUUCGGUGUCGUUCUAACAGAUAAUGCCUACAUUGAGUCACCUCUCGUGAACAUUUUACCCAUUAGCCUAAGACAGCCACUGACGGUGUUGAUCGCGUUGCAAUCGUUCAAAGUGAACAAUGCAUUUCUCUUCAGCAUUCGGAAUAACAACAGGCUGCAGUUUGGCGUGCAGCUACUACCUAAGAAACUAAUAGUGCAUGUCGGAGGAAAGCAAACAGUAACUUUCAACUACAGUGUCCACGACGAGCGGUGGCACUCACUUGCCAUCACUGUUGACCACCACAUAGUCUCCAUGUUUGCUGAAUGUGGAAAGAGAUAUUUUAGUGGAGGGACGACUUCAGAAGUUCAGACCUUUGACUUUCACAGUGUGUUUACCUUGGGAAGUAUGACUGACAGCUCUGUCCACUUCGAAGGAACAGUGUGCCAGCUGGAUAUCAUGCCUUCCACAGCAGCAUCUGCUGAGUAUUGCAGACACCUCAAACAGCAGUGCCCCCGAACAGACCCAUCCCAAGCUCAAAGAAGCCUUCCUCACACAGCAGUAAUGCCCACCAGACACCCCGAGAACACUCCCUUGACCAGAGACUUUGCUGGAACAGAACUGCCACAGAAGAGAUUCACAGAGCAGGCUCCCUUGCCCAAAGGAUUUGAUGAAACAGAACUACCACAGGAGACGUUCACUGAUGGCGAAAGCGUUCCAAACAACAGGAGUGAAGGUUCUGUUGCAGUGCAUGGAAGCCAAGAGCUCCAAACACCAAGGGCUCAGUUAACUUCUUUCCAUUCAGGAAAUAUCUCGGCUGUGACUCUCCCAAACUACAGAAUUCAAGCUAAAGAAAUCACCACCAAGGAAGAAACAAAUUUAACCCUGUCUGUGACCCAUCAUCUCCCUAGUGAGGCAGGAAUGAACGAAGAGGAGAGAAUUAAGUCUCUCUUUGCUGGAUUCGACAACAUCACCCAACAUGAGGAGGCAGCUGGCCUGCCCUCACCUAAGAAGGCCUCAUCCAGCAUUGCAGGCACGAAUCAAGACACCAUGACUAACCUCAAGAAGGCUGUCACAGCAGAUAUAUACACCAAUGAGCUCAUGGAAAUGGAACGGAUCUUAAACAGCACCUUGUACAGAGUGAUACAUGGGCCCUCGGUGGAUAACCACCUUGAACUGAGGAAGGAAGGGGAAUUUCACCCUGAUGCUACUAAUCCCAUCGAAAAGAGCUAUGAACCCCAGCCUUAUGACUAUUACUAUUAUGAGGAUUAUAACACAAUGCUUGACAUGGAGUAUCUAAGAGGGCCAAAAGGAGACACUGGACCUCCCGGUUCCCCUGGUCCAAUGGGUAUCCCAGGUCCGUCAGGCAAGAGAGGCCCGCGGGGUAUUCCAGGACCACAUGGAAAUCCUGGAUUGCCUGGACCACCAGGCCCAAAGGGCCCCAAAGGAGAUCCAGGGCUGUCCCCAGGCCAAGCUGCUCCUGGAGAAAAGGGUGACCCAGGUCUUUUGGGGUUAGUGGGCCCCCCUGGUUUACAGGGUGAAAAGGGUCUCAAAGGACACCCAGGGCUCCCCGGACUCCGUGGAGAACACGGGAUUCCGGGACUCGCUGGUAAUAUUGGCUCACCUGGCUACCCUGGCAGGCAGGGUUUAGCUGGACCAGAGGGUAACCCAGGCUCCAAAGGAGUCCGAGGCUUCAUCGGCUCUCCUGGAGAGGUGGGACAGCUUGGACCUGAAGGAGAAAGGGGCACUCCUGGAGUCCGUGGGAAGAAGGGUCCGAAGGGGAGACAGGGUUUUCCAGGUGACUUUGGAGACAGAGGCCCUGCUGGCCUGGAUGGCAGUCCUGGGCUUAUAGGAGGUGUCGGACCUCCCGGGUUUCCUGGUGUUAGAGGAAGUGUUGGUCCUGCAGGACCGGUUGGACCUCCAGGAGCUCCUGGCCCAAUGGGCCUUUCAGGAAGUAGAGGACCUUCUGGAAUCAAAGGUGAUAAGGGUGAGCAAGGUGUGGCAGGGGAACCAGGAGAACCCGGAUAUCCUGGAGACAAGGGCACCAUUGGGUCACCAGGACCACCAGGGAUAAGAGGAAAGUCAGGGCCUUCAGGACAACCAGGUGACCCAGGACCACAGGGACCAUCUGGCCCUCCAGGACCAGAGGGCUUUCCAGGAGACAUUGGGAUUCCUGGACAAAAUGGACCGGAGGGGCCAAAGGGACAUCUUGGAAGCAGAGGGCCUCCUGGGCCUCCAGGUCUCAAAGGAACUCAGGGAGAAGAAGGACCAAUUGGACCCUUUGGAGAACUGGGAUCUAGGGGAAAACCAGGUCGAAAAGGGUAUAUAGGUGAACCAGGGCCAGAAGGCUUAAAGGGAGAAGUGGGCGACCCAGGAGAUAUUGGGAAAAUUGGUGAAACAGGACCUGUUGGUUUACCUGGAGAAGUAGGGAUAACCGGAAGCAUUGGUGAAAAGGGAGAACGUGGAAGUCCAGGCCCACUUGGUCCCCAGGGGGAAAAAGGUGUCAUGGGCUACCCAGGUCCUCCUGGGGCUCCAGGACCCAUGGGUCCACUUGGAUUGCCUGGUCUUGUUGGGGCGAGAGGUGCACCAGGGAGUCCGGGCCCUAAAGGACAAAGAGGACCCAGAGGACCAGAUGGCCUCACAGGAGAUCAAGGUGGACAUGGUGCCAAGGGUGAAAAGGGAAACCAAGGAAAAAGAGGGCUUCCUGGUCCUACCGGUAAGGCUGGAAGCCCUGGGGAGAGGGGAGUUCAAGGAAAACCGGGCCUACAAGGACUCCCUGGCAGCUCAGGAGAGAGGGGGCCUGCCGGAGAACCUGGACCACGAGGACUGCCGGGCAAUGCUGGACUUCCUGGAGAGAUGGGUGUGGAGGGACCUCCGGGCACUGAGGGAGACUCUGGCCUGCAAGGUGAACCAGGUGCUAAGGGAGAUGUUGGACCUACUGGCAGCGCUGGGGAUGCUGGGGAACCAGGGUCUCGCGGAGAGCCUGGAGCACCUGGAGAAGAAGGUGUCCAAGGAAAAGAUGGAUUAAAGGGGUCUCCAGGAGGAAGUGGACUUCCUGGAGAGGAUGGAGACAAAGGAGAGAUGGGUUUACCAGGAACAGCAGGGCCUGUUGGGAGACCAGGUCAGAUGGGCCUUCCAGGACCUGAAGGAAUUGUGGGAACCCCAGGACAAAGAGGUCGACCAGGGAAAAAGGGUGAUAAAGGACAAAUAGGACCCGUGGGAGAAGCUGGAAGCAGAGGCUCUCCUGGACUCGUUGGUGACAGUGGCCCUAAGGGUGCCAGAGGGACUCGAGGUUCUGUGGGUCCAUUAGGAUUGAUGGGACCUGAAGGCGAACCAGGAAUCCCAGGAUACAGAGGCCAUCAAGGUCAGCCAGGACCCUCUGGAUCGCCAGGACCUAAAGGAGAAAAGGGCUAUCCAGGAGAAGACAGCACAGUCCUGGGACCUCCUGGGCCUCGAGGUGAACCAGGGCCAGUGGGGGAGCCAGGAGAGAGAGGAGAGCAUGGUGAAGAAGGCUAUAAGGGACAUAUGGGUGUACCAGGACUCAGAGGUGCUACUGGACAACAAGGCCCCCCAGGUGAACCAGGUGACCAGGGUGGACAAGGACUGAAAGGAGAGAGAGGAUCUGAAGGUCCUCAGGGGAAAAAGGGAGUUCCUGGUCCUUCUGGGAAGCCAGGCAUUCCUGGCCUUCCAGGCUUUCCCGGGCCAAAAGGCUUACAAGGAUACCCUGGAGUGGACGGCAUGUCAGGAUACCCUGGGAAGCCUGGGCUUCCAGGAAGACAAGGACUUCCGGGUGUCCCAGGCAGCCCAGGAAUAACAGGACUGGCUGGAUCCCCAGGUCCUCAAGGAGGAAAGGGUGCAUCAGGCCCUCCAGGAAGCCCUGGCGUUCCGGGUCCAAAGGGUGAACAAGGGCUACCUGGUCAUCCUGGAGUCCCAGGUCAAAGAGGUCAGCGAGGAACACAAGGCGACCAAGGACUGCGUGGAGAGCCUGGUCUGAAAGGGCAGCCUGGGGAACAUGGUGAUCAAGGUUUGACAGGUUUCCAGGGAUUCCCGGGCCCCAGAGGUCCAGAGGGGGAUGCUGGCAUUGUUGGAAUUGUAGGCCCAAAAGGUCCCGUUGGGCAGAGAGGAAACACUGGCCCUCUUGGCAGAGAAGGGAUAAUAGGCCCAUCGGGUGGAACUGGACCCAGAGGUGAAAAAGGCUUUAGAGGUGAAACUGGUCCCCAAGGACCAAGAGGUCAACCAGGACCCCCUGGUCCACCUGGAGCACCUGGUCCAAGAAGACAAAUGGAUAUCAAUGCUGCUAUUCGAGCUCUGAUAGAAUCAGAUUCUGCCCAGCAGGAGAGUUACCAGAACACUGAAGUGACUUUAAUCAGCCACAGUACAGAGAUAUUCAAAACCCUGACCUACCUUAGCAGUCUCCUGAGCAGCAUCAAGAAUCCCCUUGGCACACGAGAAAACCCGGCACGGAUCUGCAAGGAUUUGCUCAACUGUCAGUACAAGGUUUCAGAUGGAAAAUACUGGAUUGACCCAAAUCUUGGAUGCUCUUCAGAUGCCUUUGAGGUUUUCUGCAACUUUAGUGCUGGGGGCCAGACAUGUUUAUCUCCUGUUUCUGUGACAAAGUUGGAGUUUGGAGUCAGCAAAGUCCAGAUGAACUUUCUUCACUUACUGAGCUCAGAAGCCACCCACACCAUCAUCAUUCAUUGUCGAAACGCCCCGAGGUGGACCAGCACACAGGCGGAUGGUCCAGAGUUGCCUAUUAGUUUCAAAGGAUGGAAUGGUCAAAUUUUUGAAGAAAACACUCUACUUGAACCUCAAGUCCUCUCAGAUGACUGCAAGAUUCAGGAUGGCAGCUGGCACAAGGCGAAAUUCCUUUUUCACACCCAGAAUCCUAAUCAGCUUCCUGUGACUGAAGUCCAAAACCUUCCUCAUCUCAGAACUGAGCAAAAGCACUACAUCGAAAGCAGUUCCGUGUGCUUUCUCUAA